AUGGCUGACGAUGCGCCGAUUGCUGUGGACUCAAAUAUCUACCUCAAUACUUCACGCGAUGAUUGGGAGUCGGAGACCACUUCAAUCAGCUCCUCCAUCUACAACGGUAUUAUACAGAAUGGUAGAAGACACCAGACUUUCAAAAGCGAAUACUGCUAUCCGUCCGAUGAACAGCAGUUCGAGACAUAUGAGGCUACUCAUAUUGCAGCUCUGAUCGCGGAUUCUAGCAGGCCAAACCCGCUUUUUCAGUCUUCUUUUAGCUCAUCACCUAAACAUAUCCUUGAUAUUGGGACUGGGAAGGGGUCUUGGGCCAUUGAUGUGGCCGAUAUGUUUCCUAAAGCAACUGUUCGUGGGGUUGACUUGUUCCCACCCCCGGUAUCGUGGGUUCCCCCUAACUGCAUUCUCGAGGUGGAUGAUGUUCUACGUGAAUGGACUUGGAGCGAAAAGCUUGAUUUGAUUCAUCUUCGUGUAAUGCAGUGUGCAUUCACCCCCCGAGAGAUAGAGAACUUGAUGGCAAGAUGCUUCGAAAAUUUGGAGCCUGGUGGUUGGAUUGAGCAUCUCGAGCUUCAUCCGAAUCUUUACUGUGAUGACAAUAGUAUUCCACUUGAAAGUAUCCUUUCUGGCGUGGGGUCUACCUGGGACGCUGCUGCUCAUAACUCUGGACGACCCAUGAACAUAAUUACGACUAUGCGAGCAUCAAUCGAGAAGGCGGGCUUCAUCGAUAUUCACGAAACAAAUGCUAAAUGGCCACUUGGGCCAUGGGCUAGAGACCGAACUCUAAAGGAACUUGGAGCUGUUAACCUACAGCACUGGCUUACUGGUUUGGAGGGAUAUGCGAUGCAUUUGUUCACUAAAUACGGCAAUCCAGCCCCCUGGACCAAAGAGGAAGUUCGUACAUAG